CUUUGCUGGGAGGUAGUUUCGUGUUUGCUCUCUACUUCGUUAUACUCUGUAAAGUAUUAGAGCUGUGCUACAGCUUAUAGUUGGAACUAAAAUUAGCAAACUAGCUUCUCAGCAUCCAGGUCAACUCUGCAGCUUUGACACUAAUAAUGAACAAAGCCUCGACAGUACUUCAGGGAGCUUUCCUCCUGGCUGAUAAGCUGUGUUCCCCCUCAUCCCUGUCCACCAUUCAGAAAGCAGACUGGAGCCGGGUGGGACAUGUGAUCUUGGAAGCACUCAAAGAAAUCUGCAGACAGGAUGACGUCAGUGACUGUCCCAACCCAGCAGCUGAGAGCUGGAAAAAGAGGAUGGUUUGUGUUGUGUGGCUGAAGCUGCUGUGCAGAGAGGCUGAGGAGAACGUUGAGUUGGCUUGGAGGGAGAACCCUUUCUUCUCUCUCCAAAACAGCCUCCCUGAGGUCAGCCGUGUCGUCCUGCUUGAGCUGGUGAAGUCAGCAGCAGCUGCGGGUGUUUUUGCCAGUUUCCUCCUGCGUCUUCCUCACGCUCAAAUCUGUGCUGAGCUGGAAAGGCUGGUGGAACAUGUGAGGAGCGAUCCCAUAGGGGAAGACGAUAUACGACUCCUUCUGGAGGUUUGGUGGGAGCUGUGGAAAGGCAGAGCGGAAGAGAAGGUUGGAGAAGAAGAGAGCAUAGAGAAGAUGUUUGCCAACCAGCUUGCUCGCCUCUCCUCUGAGUCCUCCAGUCUGUCCCCUCAGGCUGCAAAGAGGUUAAAGUUAGACACGCCAAAUUCAGCAGAUAUUCUGCACAUUCUCCUUUACGCACUCAAAGACAUGAAAGGUCACAUAUCCUCAGCUGACCUCUGCUUUCAGUCCUUAUCCAUUUCCCUCGAUGCUCUUUAUACAACCUUCCUGAUAGACCAAAACGUGGUGCUUCCAGCUAAAGAGAAGUUGGACUGUUUGUGUAAAAUCCUCCGAGCCAGAGAGGAGAACAUGGAGAAGCUUAGUCCUGAAACGAUUCAGGAAGCUCUGAAAGACUUGCGUGCUUCUCACACACCUUCUCAGUUUAAGCUGUGCCAGAUGAAGCUGAGUGAAGCCCUGAAGAUUAUCACAGAGCUUGCACAAUUUUGGCAAAGCGGUGUUCUCAAUCAGUGUGACCACUCCAGUCCUAGUUACUCUGCUUUCCAGUUAGAACAAAGCAUCCAGAGGGUCCUGGCUUCUCUAGAGGAAGCACCUGGAGCUGGGACUGACGACUUUGAAGGAGAGAAUGAUACACUCAGAGGUGUGCUGAAGUCACUGUCCCUCCCUGCAGCAGAGAGCAGCCCUGAAGUGAGCGCAGAGGUUGCUGCUGUCAUCAUCACCCAUCACCUGGAAGACUGUGAGGACUUUGCAGUGUUGUUUGCCAGCGAGCCAUUAUGGGCAGAACGUGCGGAUCGCUGGCUCGACUGCCUAGAAAAAAACCAGGGGGCAUUCCGGAAGCACAGCACCCUCAUGAACCUCGCCUCCACCCUAAUGAGCAGACUCCAUAGCGAGAGCGCUAACAUGAGGCAGUGCCACAAACUGCUGAAAAUCACUUCAGGUAUUUUCUCCACACUCACAUUAGAAGACCAGAACAAAGCGUUGGCUGCCAUGCUGAGAUUAUCCAGCAGGGGGUUCUUCGAGUGCUCUGUACCUGCUGCUCUAGCUGAUGGGUUUGAACAGGAGCUCAACAUGGCCUUCAACUGCAUCAUUCAGGGGGCGGGCGGAGCUUCAGCGGGAACUUCACAGGGCAACCUGACUACGGCAGCCUCUCUAGUUGCAAGAGUGGCCUUUCAGAACCCCGAAGCCACUUUGAGGUCCUGCUGUCAUUCGGCUGUUUUCAACAAAGGAGCUUUCUCUCUAAUGGGUAAGAUCCUGGAACAGCUGCCAGGACUCAGAGACCAGAGGGGAAGAAGAGAUGGAGGGAGGAAAAAUGUGGUGUGCAGUUUACUUUGCAAGUGUUUACAGGACGUGAUCCAGACCAAGUCACUGUCAGCAACUGAAAAAGAACAGUUCCUCAAGUUCCUGGGUCUGCUCAUGGAGCCCGUCACUUCAGCUGAGGGAGAAGGAAAGAGGGAAAGCGUUCUGUCACCUCACGAAGUCGUGAAAACCUUUGUCCUGCCUAACCUCUCAGCUACAGCUCACUGUUCUGUGGAUGCAGAGCUGAGUAUGCAGCUUCUCCAGACUGCUUUGUCUGUGGACAUGCAGGAAGCAGCCACCACUCCUCACUGGGUGUUGGACUGCUCUCCUUUCCCCCUCCUCUACAUGCUGGCCCAGCUACACAACCAGACUCUCAGAUGUUGGGAGCAACCACCAGACCACCACAUCUGGUCCAUGGAUAUGAAGGAGCUGCUGUUGUCAGUGCUGACCACUCUGGGGCAGGUGGUGGGUGCGGAGGUGGCAGUGGCCCCCAGCAGCUGGUCCCGAGCGCUGUUCUGGCUCCACAACAAGAUGGAAGAGCUGGACUGGACGGUUCAGUUCCUGCUGAAGCCUGUGUGGGGGGAGCACUUUAAAAAUGAAGUGCCCUCCUCUCUGCUGGCUGUGUGUGAUCUACCUGAACAGGAAUGGUUGGGUGUGGACCUUCCCUCGUACGGUUUGGGCACAGGUCUUUUAGCCUGGAUGGAGUGUUGCUCCAUAUCUGACUCUCUGCAGAGCACCAUGCUGUCCUGUCUCACUCUGGACCAGCACAAACCUGACCACGUCAGCAUGUUCAGCAAAGGCCUGCUAGUGGCUCUGACUCAGAUGCUGCCCUGGUGCUCCGUCUCCCAGUGGAGCAGGCUGCUGAGAGGCCUCCGUGAGCUGAUCACAUCCAGCCGCCUUCAUGUGCCUUUCUCUCUGGAGUAUGUGGACUUUCUGCCCCUACUGGACCUGAGGAAGUUUUCAUGUGAACUCCGCCUGUCGGUCCUCCUCCUUCGAGUCCUGCAGCUGCUCUGCGGCUCCAGCUGCUCUGACUGGCUGUCGGCGGAUGGCUGGGCACACGUAGGCAGGUUAUACGCCCACGCUGUGAGGGACAUGAUGAAUUCACUACGAGCCAAACUGCCUCUUCCUUCAUCUGGUGCUUUUACUGCUUCUGCUUCAACUCCUCCUAAAACACCAGCAACCACAGACUCAAAUCCAACUCUCAUAUAUCCAAAGUCCAAAGAAGCCAGAGACACUCCUCUGAUAUCAAAGGAUUCACAGAAGGAGACUGCUCCGAGCCAGGAAGUUCUUUUUGUUCUGAGCCAGCUCUUCUGCCAUGUUCAGCACGUCCAGGUGAUGAUGCCAGGAGGCCAAUGUGAGCCUCUGUUCCUCUCUAGUCUGGAGAUCCUCAGUCAGUACGAGGCCAUUAUGGCCGCCUUCCCAAACAGCUGCACCCCACUGGAGUGCGACAACACCCGCCACUUCUUCUCUACCAUCUCGGACAACUUGGAGAACCCGGAGAUGAAGGCUGUGCUGCAGCAGAAAAUUGCUCAGCUCGUGUCCUCAGCAGCAUGAUGCACACACUGACCUAUCCGCUGUUUCCCACUGAGCACUUUGAGUUUGCAAAA